GGGUGGGUUUAAUUAGCUCAGUUUCAGGUUGGGUUUCUCGGAGUCCUCGGAGCCUUCAAAGUGCGAAAUUCUUUCAGAGCUCUAAAGUUUGUUGACACAAGGAGCUGAUGACUGAUCGUGAAAGGUGGAUUGGUUGACUAAGCGGAAGAUACAAUGGAGCUCCUUGGUUCUACUCUGACAGCCACCUAUGCCCGACCAAAAGUAACAGCAACAAACUUUCUGCCAGCUAUAAGUACAAUGGCAUCGAGCUAUAAAAACCGUGCUCCACCAUAUUCUCCAAAUUAUAGCAUGAGUUUACCUUGGAGACCUAGUACAUAUUAUAAAGUAGCAUCCAUAUCUCCCGGUCUGGCCCCUCUUUCAAACAGUGCACCAGCAGCUGUGCAAACUCAGAUGGCAAACUAUCCUUCAAAUAGGACAGCACUUUAUGCUCGCUAUACACCAGACGACUGGUACAAAUCAAACCAUAUCCAUUACAAAGAUUCAGAGUCAUCUAGGCACAGUGCAGAAAGGCUGCGGUUAGAUACUGCACGUUUGAUUCAAUUUAAAGAUCAACAGACUCGAAGAUCUCAGUCUGAGACAAGUAAAAACAUAGGAGAAAGGGUCACUGAUAUAGCAUUUUGGAGAUCUGAAAUAAACCAUGAAACUGAUCAGAUGAUUGGUGAGACAAAUGCCCUUACAGAUGUAAAAAAGAGAUUGGAAAGAGCUUUGGCAGAAACUGAAGGACCACUACAGGUAGCUCAAGAAUGUCUGUACAACAGAGAAAAGAGGAUGGCAAUAGACCUUGUACACGAUGAUGUAGAAAAACAAUUGCUAAAGGAAGUUGACUGUAUUAAGUCCUGUCAAGAAAGAAUGAGAAGACAUGUUGACAGAGCUACUACACAGCUUUUGGCUAACCGUGCAGCACAACAUGAGCUAGAAAGAGACAUCAAUGACAAACAGUCUGCCUUCAGAAUUGAUGAAAAGUGCCACCAACUACGUAAUACUUCGGAUGGUAUUGGAUACUACCGGGGAGUGGAACGUCUUGAUGCAACAGUUUCAGUGCCAGAGUCCUGGGCUAAGUUUUCUGAUGAUAAUAUUUUACGCUCUCAGAGUGAAAGAAUUGCUUCUGCAAAAUUACGAGAUGAUAUCGAGAACCUUUUGAAUAUUACCUCUAAUGAGUUGUGGAAUCAGUUCAAUAUUGUGAACAUGGCCUUCACUAAUCGCAUUUCUGAAGUGGCUGAUGCCAAAAACAAACUCCAAACUCAUCUUGCUAAGACACUUCAAGAAAUAUUUCAAACUGAAAUGACCAUUGAAGCAAUCAAGAAAGCAAUCAGGAAUAAAGAAGCACCUCUGAAAGUAGCUCAAACCCGUUUAGAUGAAAGAACACGGAGACCUAAUGUAGAACUAUGUCGGGAUCCAGCACAGCUUCGCCUUGUCAAUGAAGUUCGAGAAAUUGAUGAAACUAUCCAGACUCUGCAGCAGAGGCUAAAGGAUGCCGAAGAUGCCUUACAGAUGUUGCUUCAUACCAAAGCCACAUUAGAACAUGACCUUGGUGUCAAAGCACAUUCAUUGUUUAUUGAUCAGGAAAAAUGCAUGGGAAUGCGCAAAUGUUUCCCAAGUACCCCUCGACUAGUAGGCUACACAUGAACCAUACUGCUGCUUCUGCAGUGAAUUUGCACAACAGAGAUAAUUCAUAUCUGGAAAUAUUAGUCACCAUAAUGAAAGUUCUCUUUUUUGUCCUGCUGUGUUGUGUGGUUUACAAAUCUAUGUCUGCACAUCCCUUAACAUUUUAAAUGGUUUAAAAUGAAGAAAUUUUAAAAACUGAACACUGCAAAUAAAUAUAUUUCCGUAUGCAA